AGAGUUCAAACUAGGGUCAUGGUUCAACAAUCAUGGCAGCUACUGAGAUACGAGGAGAGCUAAAAUACAGGGAUGGCCUGAAGAAAGAGAUUAUCAUAAAAACAGAAAACAACCUGACUUCUAUGAUAGUGGGGAUUAAGAAAUUAAACGCAGACGUAUCGGGGCUCCUCACUGAUCUCGUUGUACAAGAACAAUUUUGCAGAGGAAAUGACAAGGGGGAUUUGCAAGUCGACGACGAUGAGGAGGAGGAGGAAGAUGAAGACACAAAAGCCCCUAUUAUGCAGCCUCCUGCAAAGCGGUCCAAGACCUUGAGGGCCUGACAAGGGCUCUGUCCCAAAUGGCACCCUUUUUCUUAUAGUUCACUCCUUUUGACCAGGGCCCAAGUAGUGCACUAGGUAGGGAAUAGGUUGCCAUUUGGGACUUAAGACUACUGUAGGAAGAAGGGAGUCUGGUGGUCCUGGCAUACAAGACUGGAAGACACUGUUUUGGGGGCAGAUAUGCCAGCCCUUAUUAUUCAAUCCACUGGGUGGCUAUUAUUAAUUAAUUCCCACUCAUGUAUGGUAUUGCUCCUGCCUUGGCAAUCAUUGCAGUUAUGAUCUACAUCUUUCUCUUGAUACAAUUGAAAUGUUUGUUUUGAACAUUUGUAUAAAUGUCAAUCAUUUAAGUGGAAUGUAUUUCAGACAUCUUGUUAAUGGAUAAUAGAAUUGCACUGUCCCCGCAGCAUUUGCUUGCUUUGAGAAAUGACAUGAACGGUCUGCAGACAUUUUCCCAUAACGUUUAAUUUUCUUACAAUCCAGACCUUAUUUUAAUCACAGUGCAUUUAGAUUUGAAAGGCAAUAAAAAUCAGAAGCACCAA